AUGCUACGAAAGAAGGACUCGUUCACCCUGAUCACGCCCAUUCCAGGCUUCAUCCCGCGCCAGCUGGCCAUCGACAUUCUCCACUCGCACUCCGAGGUCAUAACACUGAACCCGCUUGUGCUCGAUCACAAGCCCAUCGCGGCCCCGCAAAAUGCCGAGACGGAUGAAUACUACUCGACGUGGUACGAGAUCACGGAGCGCAUCACGUUUAUGCCUGGCAUCGGGAAGAUGGGCGCCUCCAUCAUCAAGUUCAACGGCUGCUUCCACGACAUGCCGUGGGGCCUGCAAACCCACAUCUACGCCCCCAUGAACGUAGAUCUGCGGAACACGUAUCGCAUCGCCGGUAACCAGCCGGGCUUUGAGAACCCCGAGGUUCCCGAGAUUGGUCUCAAGGCGCUUGGCGCUCCCGCCGACGGGCUGUACCUGAGAGAAGACAUUGAGAUCAAGUGCAACAUCACCGUCCUCAGCUUUGUCAAGUCGCAGCUGAAGAAAGCCGGCGGCGAGAUGGUGCAGCGCAUCAUCAAGAAGGCCGAGCUGUUGGACGCGGGCGUGCUCCAGGCAAUGAUAUCUGACGGCAAGCUUAAAACCGUCAACCCAGCCGACAGGAGGAACACGGUCAGGUCACCUCUUCCAUCUCCCAUGAGUCUCCAUUAUUCGCCUUCGAUUUCCGGCACCACCACCACUGCCACACCGCCACCGCCGACUCAGUCACCAGACGUGGUUUACCAGAUUCCUCGCCCGCAAUCAGCACAGCCGGGGCAGUUGGCAUACAGGCCCGGAACUGCUGGAUCCCAGCCACCACGCAGUGGUUACAGCCAACAGCCAGCUCCGUUUGGCUAUGGCACCCCGAACGGCCCGGUAGAAAUGGCCGCUGCAGAGCCCGUUUCCUCCCUUCAAUUUGCUGUAGAAAUGCCUGGGGACUUUUAUCAUGCAUCUAGCAGUCUUCAGCCAUCACCCCUGCCACAGCAGCUGCAGCAGCAACGGCCACCGUCUCGACCAUCGUCUUGGCAGCAACAACAUCCGGACUUAUCGCUGUCCGGCCAGUGGUCGUCAGCGCCUAAUUCACGACCAGCCUCGACAUCGUCGACUGGCAGUGGCUUCCAGUCCCCUGGGUUGGAUAACAAAUUCUCCUCUGGCCUCGCGCCUCACCAAGAGACGUUCGAGGAACACCGCGACGAUGCCCUGAAGAAGCUCGACCCGCAGAACAAGCAGUCACCUCAGCACGCCCCGUACAACCCAGCCGACUAUGCCAAAGGGCCGCCCCAGCCGCAGUAUGGGCGCGGGCAAUUGGCGCAGAGAUAUAAUUACGCCCAGUAA